AUGUUUGAGGAAUAUUAUUAGAAAUAUUUGAGAAUAGAAUCAAAUAUACCUGAAGAAUAAAGAUAGAAAUUAAACUUUCUGAUAUUUUCAAUAAAGAAUAAUGUAAAUACUGAAAUUGAAAUAAAUCCUGAAAAUUAUCCUGACUUAGAAAUAGAUGAAAUAUAAGGAUUAUUUAAUUUACCAAUUGAAGCAUAAAAGAGCAUGUUUUGUUCAGUGUUUAAAAGUUUAGAAUUAGAGGAUGAUUCAAAAAUAUUUGGAGAAUUACAUGUAAAAGGAGAGAUGUUAGGAAUAUGGAGAACAAAGAAAUUAGAAUUGAAUUUAACUCAUAAAAAGUUAAUAGUGCCUAGAAAAGAGGGUAAUGUAGAAAUGUAAUUAUAAAAAUAUGGAAUAAUAUGGGUAGGAUAGAAGAAAAUCAAGAGUUUACAUUAUUGUUUUAUUUUAUUAGCACAUAGUUAAGCAAUAUAUGAUUAUUAUAAGUAAUUGAUAUUGGGUUCUGAUGAUGAAGAAUAUGCAAAGAAAUGGUUUAAUCUAUUAAAUGGUAUAUGUGAUUCAAAAUCUAAAAAACAAAGAAGGAUGAGUGUUGAAUUUACAAAAUAAAUGAUUGGUAAUUCUGCAUUAACUAAAUCUGAUUAAUUCGACUUAAGCAAAAGUGAUAAUUAUAAUGAAAGUUGUUUAUCUUCUAAACCAGAGAAAAAGGAUAUGUAAAGAAUAUUGGAAUAGUCUGAGUCUCCAGAUAACUAAAAAAAGGAUUCGUAAGAGACUUUCACUUGUUUCAAAGAAGAAGAUAAAAGCUAAUUCAAUGCAUAAAUUCCAUAGAAUAUAAAAGAAUGUAUUCCAAAAUUAACAAAUAUACCUUGGUAUUUGUGUGAUGUGACUGUAAAUAAAUUUAAAUAAGGAGAGUUUUAUAAAGUAGGAAAUAAUGUAUAUAAAAGUGUAUCUAAAAAAGGAUUGUAUUAAGUUCAGAUUAUUUUAGAACAUGAUAUAGAUAUAGUAAAACAUUUUCUUUAUGAAGGAUUUGGAUUCAAUAAAUUUAUAAUAAAAGAGUGGACAAUGUUUGAUUAUGAAGAUUAUAAGGUUGUAGAUUAAACUAGAAUCUAAUCAAUAUUUGGUUAUGGCAGAGAAAAAUAAAUAUAUCUAAUGAGACAUAAGUCAUAAGAGUGUAUUAUAGAAAAAUAACUUAAUACACUUAAUCCUAUAUAUUCAAUAGCUAAAUUAUUCAAAAAAACAAAAAAUUCAUUAUAUAAUGGAUUAUAAUAAAGAAAUCAAAAUAAUUCUAAUGAUUUAUUAACAUAAUCAACAAUUGUUUAGAUUCUAUGUUAAUUAGAUGAAAAUAUCUUUUUAGAUACUUAAAAUAUUGCAUAUAUGGAAUAAUAUCAUGGUUUAAAAGACUAUAUUGAUUAUAUAAUAAAUUUUAGAGAUCUUAAUUUUGAUUAAUAACAAAUUUAAACUCUUAAUAUGUAAUUGUCAAAUAAAUCAGAAGAUCUUAUUAUAUAAAAAAUUGAUUAAUCAAUUGAAUUAGAAAGGAGAGUUCCAAACAAUAUAAUGGAACUUUUAGAGUUUGUUUAAGAAAACAAACAUUGGAAUGCAUGUUUGAAAAAAUAAUUUUAAAUGGAGCCAAUUUAAGUAGAGUAAAAGUUCAUGAAAAGUACUUCAGAAGGUCAUUUCUUAUUAAAAAAUGAUUGGAAAGUAGAUUAAAAUUAAGGUGGUUUAUUAUAUGUAGAUUAAGUUGGAUUAAGAGAAUAGAGAAAAGUAUUUUCUUACUUGUUGUCAUAAAUAGGAUGUAAUAUAGCUUCUGGUAAGUCUAUAAUGAGUAUUAGUUUACCAGUUUAUGUAUUUGAAAAAUAAAGUAAUUUGUAGAGAUAUGCAAAUUCAUUAACUUAUUUAUAAUAUUUAGAUGAAGCAGCAGUUUAAAUAGAUUAUUUAUUUUAAUUUAAAAACUUCUUAUCAUAUGGAUAUGGUACAAUAAUUCUUUAUUUGAAUAUGUGGAAACCAUUUAAUCCUAUACUGGGUGAAACAUAUUCUGGAUUUAUUAAUGGAUGUCCUAUUUAUGGAGAAUAAGUAUCACAUCAUCCACCAAUUAGUAAUUUAUUAAUAUAUGGAAAAGGAUAUAGGUAUAGAAUCUAUAUUAUAAUAAUAGAGUAAAUCAUCGUUUAUGUACUAUAGCUAGUAUAUCUGCUAAUUCAGUUAGUGGAAUCAAUUAAGGAUAUACAAAAGUAUUAUUCUAUGAAUCUAAUAAUGAAUUCAUUUUCUUACCUUGUUCUGGAUUAUAUACUGGUACAUUGUAUGGUAAUAAACUAUUCUAAAUGGUUGGUAAAUUUCAUGUUAUUGAUUUGAAACACAAAUUAGUAGCUGAAAUCAAAUUGAAUCCCUAUCCAAGUUCAAUUUGGAAAUAAAGAAGAGAUCAUUUAGAUGAUUAUUUUGAAGGUUUUAUCUAUGAAGUUAAUGAUCAAUUUAUUAAAAGAUUCUAAAAUGAUGGAUAUCUCAAAUUUAAAGAAUUAAAAUAAAAUGAAAUUGUUAGAUCAAUUUCAAAUAUUAAUGGAAUCUGGCAUAAAAAUAUGUUUAUUGAUAAUUAAGAAAUAUGGAAUAUUAAUACUCAACCUUAUAUAUUAGAGGAUGAAGAGUAUUUAUUCAACUCAUCAUACUUAGUAAUCCUUUACCAUCUGAUUCGAAUUUUAGAGAAGAUUUGAUUGCAUGGAAAACAUCAAACUUUCAUUUAGCUAUGAAAAUCAAAAUCAAAAUGGAAGAAUAACAAAGAUCUGAUGCUAAAUUAAGAAAAAAACAUUGA